AUGUCUCGCAUCCAACGUCUCCCUUUUAUCCUCCACACCCUCAUCGAAAUUCCCGCCUCCGUAAACUUCUUCCUCAACCCUUCAUCUCAACUUUCCAUCCCAGCACCACAAGCUCACACCAUCAUCCAACAAUACGCGACGCUCCUUUUCGUUUCAUGUCUCAUCUCAAUUAUAUUCGCUUCGCGAUCUGUCGAUAGGACAAGUCGUAAUGUCGCGGGUGCUUUGUCGUUGUAUCAUGUUGCUCCUGCUAUUAGAGCUGGAGGUAGGAUUGUCACGGGAGAAGGAUUUGGAAAGGGGGUGAAGGGUUUGGGAGGUCCUGGGUGCGAUGAAACUAAACCAACAUGUACAAAUUGUUCGAGGCAUAGCAUACAAUGUGAAUAUAUGUUCUUACCUCUCAAUCAUCCCACGCUUCAAAUACUUCCCACAAAGAAGUUACCUCUUCCUACUACAGCGACUGUCGCGCGACGAAAUGCUUAUUUCUCGCGUCCUGUCCCACGCAAUCCCAUUUCUUUCUACUUCCCGACUUCCAUUUCCACUACCGUGUCAGGAGUAGACGAAGCACUCGAGUUCCGCCUAUUUCAACACUUCAUAAAUAUCACCGAUGUUCCUCAAUUAUUUUCUGCAUGCAACAUAUCGCUAUGGAUCAUUCAGCUCGCUUGUCGUCAUCGUUCAGUAAUGGAAGCUUUGUUGGGUGUUUCAGCAUUUCAUCUCCGGAGUUCAUUUUCAUCGUCUUCUUCUGCUUUUCCUACCAGUACAAUACCGGAAAGUAAGUCAGAGAGAGAAGUGAUAAAAGCGAGUCAUCAUUAUAUGGGGUUAGCUAUUGCUACACAUCGAAAAUUAAUCAUCGAGGAGGGUGUUACGGAAAAGACAGCCGAUGCAGUUCUGGGAUCUUGUUUGUUCAUCACGUAUCAUGCUACGGGAAGUCAAAAAUUCCUUAAUCAAGCUCAUAAUUCAGCGCUCUCUUCCAGCAGCAAUACAGAACGACACAGAGAAACAUGUAGAGUACCACUCCAUUGGUUCGUCCCCAUGAAAAGUCUCAAGGAUAUGAUAAACUUAGCCGCAACAUAUGUUCAAAACGAAGGCAUGAGAACACUUUUUGAAUGGGAAGAAGCCAAUUUUAGGGUCAUUCUACAGAAUGAAACGUCGCCGGAUCCCGAUAACGAUUAUCCUACGACAUUCAAUUUUCUCCUCGACGAUUUGCCGCUUGAUGCUCCGGAUUAUAAAACCUAUGCUCUUUGCGUCAAGUAUCUAAACAUCCUCGGCGGAGGCGAAAUCACUAAGUUUAUUCUUAAAUUCCCGGCAUUGGUACCCCCAAGAUUCGUGGAAUUGUUAAGGGAGAAAGAUUUGAGGAUGAUGGGUAUAGUGGGUUAUUUUUUGAUGUUGGUAAGGAGAGCAGAUCAUGAGAAACGUUUGUGGUGGAUGGCAGGAGCGGUGGAAAAUGAUUGGGAGGGAAUGAGAUAUGCAUAUGAAAGUGAUGAGGUAUGGAAUAGGAGGAUGGAGUGGGCUAGGAGAGAGAUUGAGGGCGGGGAGUUUAUAGACUUUGGGAUUGGUGAGGCGUUGGCUAGGGGUUAG